AUGCUGGAACCGAAUAAUCUCGAGGCCAUCAAAGCUGGCCAUUUUGACGAACCUGGUGAUAUUGAGAUGGCCGAUGCUGAAGGAUAUGAAGGAGUUGGAGAUGCAGAGGACAACGAAGAUCAUGCAAAUUCCGAAGCCGAAACAAUUCACGAGUUCUACGAUGACAAUGAGCUCGAAGGUGGAAGCGAAGGUGGACUCGGGCAUAACACAGAGUUAGUGGAUGAAUUCCUUGAAGAGUACAACUCUGCAACCUCCAAUCCCUGGGAUCAAUUCCUCGAUUUCCUCGCCGAUAACCUCCAUCGCUUCACUUUAGGCGAAUAUUCCUCGACCGAUACAUCUUCAUCUCUCUCGACAGAAGAGAUUCUCGAAAUGCGCGACUUUUUGCUUCAACCUGAUAGGCCAAUUGAGCCGCCCGAAAUACUCAUAUACGUUAAUCAGACACGAUUCGAAACGUUACCUGUGGAAAUCAUGUUCAAGGUUCUAGACAGACUUUUCAACUUCCAUCGCGACGACGAAGAAACUCUUGAGAUUGGCAUGAUUCAUGCACUGCAUGCCCUCGGGUCGCUGAACCAAUACAUGUUCGAUGUGGUGAAUCACUGGGUAGAAGGCGCAAGGCCUAAAUGGGAAAAGUUUAAGAUGUUGGAGUUGCAGUGCUAUGGCUCUCGAGACGCCGUCAAAGAGGAUAUUAUGAGUCCAUGGAAUGUGCUUGUAUAUCCUACUUCAGGGAUUGAAGAAUCGAACGUCGCCGUUCAAGCUGCAACGACUUGUGUCGAGUGUUUCCAUUUCCUUGUGGAGCAGGAGCUGGUUCCGAUGGGAGGUUAUGAUAUGAACGGAGAGAGUUUUCUCAACUGGGCUAUCAAACGAGAUUGUCAACCCGUCGUGGACUACAUGCUUGACUGGAUGCCUACCAAUGACUUUUUUUAUUCCACUGCGCUCCGCUUCGGGUACCAGGAAGAUAAGCAUCCUCUCGCAACUCUGCUCGAGGACGGCAACCAGAGAGGCUUCGAAAAGCUUCUCGACAAGCUGACACAGAGUAAGGAUGUCGAAAAUUGGGAGCUAGGCUGGUCGCUGAGUGAUCGUCGUCUCAAGCUUAAAAUGUGCAGCUUUCUGUCCGCCAAACGUGCCGACUUACUUUUGACAAAGCUCAAAGUCAACAUUGGCAACAUCGUAAUGGACCAAGCAAUUGGCAAUGAGGAAAGACGUCAGUCAGUAAUAGAUGCACCUAACUAUGGUCGUCUUGGAGCCAUAUUCCCACUGGGAUCAGACACAAGUUCCUGGCACGAAGCAGCACGCUACAAUCCCGACGGCGACGCCUUCAUGGAAUGGCUUUGGAAAAACGCGAACUCCAAGCCAACAAACAUCAACAAGCAGGGCUAUACACCCCUCAUGUACGCAGCCCUCGGCGAGAGCAUAACAGCGUUCAAAUGGCUAGCGAAACACGGCGACCCAGCCGCGCCUCUGAGCUCGAGACCGAACAGCCGUGAGCCAUUCGCACUUCGAGCCGCGGCGUUCAACCAAACUUUCCACAGCGACGAAAUGUUUGAGAUCCUCCUCGAAGAAAUGCCGGAUGAGUUCUUCUGUGAUUUCUCGCUAGCGAAGGAUGCGUUUGGCUGGAUCAUUGAUGGAAUUUGGUCGUUCCGCUUCGAUCCGCGGGAAAUGAAUCCUGAGAAGCCGUGGCCGAACGAGCGAGUUUUGAUUAUCUUCCUGGCAAAGGAGAAAUGUCAGCAAUUAGUUAAUCGAUUGCCGGAUUCUUGGGAGACUUCGUGGGAGCAAUUGCAGAUUGUGACUCGUGCGAGACUUUAUGACUACCACUUUCUUCCGCCGUCUUUGACUUGGAAGAAGGCAAAUAAGCAGCGGAAGCCCAGUAACCAGAGCCUGUUUGGGCUCACCUUGCCUUCGAUCUUUGGGAGACAAAGUUAA